AUGAGCUCCUUAAAGCAAUUCAUACGAAACGUCCGCGCGGCGAAAACCAUUGCUGACGAGAGAGCGGUUAUACAAAAGGAGAGCGCCGCUAUUCGAGCAAGCUUCCGGGAAGAAAGUCAUGAUCACAACAUCCGACGCAAUAAUGUCGCCAAGUUGCUAUACCUCUUCACGCUAGGGGAGCGCACCCACUUCGGUCAGAUCGAAUGCCUGAAACUGCUCGCCUCUCCUCGAUUUGCGGAUAAGCGCCUCGGCCACCUUGCCACGAGCUUACUUCUGGAUGAGAAUCAAGAGGUUCUAACCUUGGUCACUAACUCGUUGAAAAAUGAUCUCGGGCAUUCAAAUCAAUACAUCGUGGGCCUUGCUCUAUGCACGCUCGGCAAUAUCGCUUCCAUCGAAAUGUCUAGGGAUCUGUUUCCAGAGAUUGAAAACCUGAUUUCUACAUCUAAUCCCUACAUUCGAAGAAAGGCAGCUCUUUGCGCGAUGCGAAUUUGCCGCAAAGUCCCCGACCUGCAAGAACAUUUCCUCGAAAAAGCAACCCACCUUUUGGCCGACCGGAACCAUGGGGUUCUCUUGUGCGGUCUCACACUGGUCACGAGUUUGUGCGAGGCAGAUGAAGAGGAAGGUGGCGAAGAGGGCAUCGUUGACAAGUUCCGGCCCUUUGCCCCCAGCCUCGUAAAGACUCUCAAGGGCCUCUCCACGUCGGGUUACGCUCCAGAACAUGAUGUCACCGGCAUCACCGAUCCGUUUCUGCAGGUCAAAAUCCUGCGACUCCUCAGAAUCCUUGCCAUGGGAGACUCCGAAAUCAGCGAACAAAUCAAUGAUAUCCUCGCUCAAGUGGCGACCAACACGGACUCGUCCAAAAACGUGGGCAACUCCAUUCUGUAUGAGGCAGUGCGUACCAUCCUCGACAUCGAGGCAGACUCUGGUCUCCGCGUUCUUGGCGUCAACAUCCUGGGCAAGUUCCUGACAAAUCGUGAUAACAAUAUCCGUUACGUGGCGCUAAAUACUUUGAUAAAGGUGGUGGCUAUUGAGCCCAAUGCUGUCCAGAGGCAUAGGAACACGAUAUUGGAAUGUUUGAGGGAUCCAGACAUCAGUAUCAGGCGCCGUGCCCUUGAUCUUAGCUUCACCCUCAUAAACGACAGCAAUGUCCGCGUACUCAUUCGGGAGCUCCUGGCGUUCCUGGAGGUUGCUGACAACGAGUUUAAGCCAACCAUGACGAGUCAGAUUGGCAUCGCCGCCGACAAGUUUUCCCCCAACAAACGAUGGCAUUUUGAUACCAUGCUGCGAGUCAUGUCGCUUGCCGGCAAUUAUGUCAAGGAACAGAUUCUAUCCUCCUUUGUCCGUCUUAUUGCAACCACGCCAGAGUUGCAAACGUAUGCUGUACAGAAGCUGUACGCCAACCUUAAGAGAGACAUUACCCAAGAAAGCCUCACUCAAGCAGGAGCCUGGUGCAUUGGCGAAUAUGCCGAUGCUCUCCUCCAAGGCGGCCAGUACGAAGAGGAAGAGCUUGUACAGGAGGUCAAAGAGCAUGAGGUGGUGGACUUAUUCGCAACGAUUCUGAACAGCAGCUAUGUUACUCAAAUCUCCACCGAAUACAUCGUCACAGCCUUGAUGAAAGUGACUACGCGCUUUUCAGACGUCUCUCAGAUUGAAAGAAUCAGGCGAAUCUUGCAAGGUAACCAAACGAGCUUGGAUGUUGAAGUCCAGCAACGGGCUGUUGAGUACAGCAAUCUCUUCUCGUUUGACGCCAUUCGGCUCGGCGUUUUAGAGAAGAUGCCGCCGCCGCAAAUAAAGGAGUCUUCCAGAGUUCUUGGUCCAGCACCUUCCAGGAGGUCCAAAGUCGCAAACAGGAAAUCCAAAGUUAUCAAACCAACGGAGCAGGAUUUACUCGAUCUCAUGGACGCUCCGGCGGCCCCCUCCUCCAAUGUCUCCGCAACUACAAACUCAGAUUUACUAGCCGACAUCCUCGGAGGCGGCAGCGCAUCACCCUCGUCAAUGUCUGCAUCACCAAGAGCUCCCGAACAAGGCGACAUGGCAUCCAUGAUGAAUCUCGUCAGGCCCAAUUCGGGACUAUUCACCUCGUCGCCUGCGCCACCACCUGUCGGUUCGGAUAUGGCAGGGUCGGACCAAGCGCCCCCACGACAUGCUCAAGCAGACCCGGGCUACUCUUGCUACAACGCCAACAGUCUCAAAGUCAGCAUACAGGUGCAACGGAAUGCAGAAGGGCUCAUCCAAGCCGUCGCACGGUUCCAAAAUGUGUCUACGUCUAUCUCUCUCCACAAUGUUGGGCUGCAAGCUGCUGUGCCCAAGUCUCAGAAACUCCAGCUUCUCAAUAUAUCGGCUUCACAACUAGAACCUCAUGCUGUAGCUACGCAACUGAUGAGGGUUUCUGGGUGCAACGGGCCCCUUCGCUUGCGUCUUAGAAUCGGAUAUGAUCAUCCAUCCGCUGGGAAAGUAAUGGAUCAAGUAAACUGGACGGAGCCGUGA